AUGUAUACUUCUUCUGCCAUGGAUAACAGAAUCACAAUUUUGGUUCAACAUAGCGGUCAAUGGGAUAUGCAACACAGGUUUAAGAAUUUUAGCGUCGAUGGGGUGGUGAUCAGUAUGGAAUGGGAUUUUAAAUCGAUUCGUUCGGAGAUAUCAAAGAUACUUGGAGUCGACGCACAAACUGAUACGAUGGAUAUUGGAUAUUCCGUGAAAGAGAAUUUUCCACCGAUGAAAAUAUACGACGACAGGAGUUUGGGCUUGUACAUGGAGUUGAAAAGCAAAAAUUUAUCUUUCACUGAUUAUCCAUUGUGUAUAACAUUUAAAAAGCAGGAUAACGAUGGUACAUGCGCGAAUCCAGUUGUUAACAAGGCAAACUCCAAUCUUUUUCAGAAUUUGUCAAUGGUUGACAAUCUGGAAACGGUUGAAUGUAUUAAUUCCGGAAACAAAGAGGACUAUGAUGUUAUGCAGAUCGAUGAAGAGUGUAUAAUCGGAAUCAGUACACAUCAAGAGGUUAAUGAAGGGCAGCUGUACAAAAACAAGGAUAUACUGCAAAACAUUAUGAAACAUCUUGCAAUCCGAGAGAAGUUCCAGUUAAAGGUUGAUCGUUCAAAUAAAACAAGGUAUUAUCUUGUAUGUGUGGAUGAUCAAUGCUCAUGGAAUCUUAAAGCAUCAAGCCUAAACACCUCGAAUAUAUUUAAGGUGAGAAAGUUUGAAAAAGUUCACACAUGUGAAAAUAAUUCCAGAUUAUUUUCACAGCGGCAUGCUACCUCUGAUCUCGUUGGAAGUUUGAUAAUGAACAAGUUAGAUGAUCCAAAGUUGGAGUAUACUCCAGCAGAAAUACAACGUGACCUCAAGAGGAAUUAUGGAGUUGAUUUGAACUAUAUGAAAGCAUGGAGGUCGAGGGAAAAAGCUUUUGAAAUGUUGAGAGGCAAACCAAGCGAUUCGUAUAAUAAGCUGCCAAGGUUUUUGAAUAUGUUAAUGCAUUCAAAUCCUGGGUCAGUGACAAGGUUGGAAAGGUCAGAUGACGGGUGCUUCUUAUAUGUAUAUGUAGCACUCUUCUCAUCAAUUAAAGGAUGGGAGUAUUGCAUGCCUAAUGUUGUUGUCGAUAGUAGCUUUCUAAAAUCAACAUACAGAGGGACCUUACUAACGGCCUGCACACAAGAUGCAGCAGGUGGGUUGAAGUAA